ACGCCGCUCCUCAGCCCGCCCCGCGCCUAUUUCUUCCCUCGCGUUCUACUUUGGACCGAAAUCUCAAUCCCGCCUUCAUUUUUGGGGUAAUCUCUGAUUCGGAGAUCUAGGGCGGGGGCGAGAUGCAGGGCCACCAGCCCCACCCGGCGACGCCGCUCUCCGGCGCCGAUUUUCUCGCGAAAUCCGGCAAGAAGAGAGGAAGCUACAACUGCGGCCGCUGCGGGCAGCCGAAGAAGGGGCAUAAGUGUCAAGUUGCUCCCGACGACAACGACGGAUCCUUUACUCCGAUUUCUACGGCGGCUGCGGAGUCGUCCACUGUAACGACGCUCGGAUCUGCGUCGGCGGUGCUAUCGGCGGCUGUGGCUGCUUCGACGCCUUCUUCGGCGGUCCGUGUCCAACCGCCGGGGAUGCGCCGACGAGCUCUGUCGUUCGACGAUGUUUGUGCGGUUGAAUCGGUCGAGGACGUGCGCGAUGAUGGUGUUGACUUGGAUUUGGACAUGGAUUGGGAGUUUGAUUUGGAUCUGGAUGGAUCGGGCGGUUUGCCGGCGUGUUGUUUGUGGGAGAUUUUGAGGAGAUUGCCGCCGUCGGCGCUGCUAUCGGCGGCAGGGGUAUGUCACGGGUGGAGGGAAGUUUCUAAGCGGAUUUGGCGUGCGGCGGAGGAGCUUCAGAUUAGGGUUCCGGCGAAGUCCCCAAUUGAAUACAUCGGAUCUGUAUUGCAGAAAUCCCCAGGAAUUUUGAAACUAUCUCUCAGCAUCGAAAGUGACAUUGAUGCAACUGUGCUAGCUUGCAUUGCCUUCUCAUGCCCUGAUUUGCAGUCUCUGGAGAUCACCAUAGCUGAUUCUUCAAUCAACAGGAUCUCUGGGGAUGAGCUCGGUCGAUUUAUAGCCGACAAAAGAUGCCUAACCUGUCUCAAAAUCGAAGGUUGCAGCAACCUUGGAGGCUUUACAUUUUCUUCUACUAGUCUAUCUACUCUUUGGCUUUCGGAUCUCCACUCCCUCUCUAAAAUGAUCUUCAACUGUCCCAAUUUGGAGGAGAUCUCAUUGGACUUCUCUAGAAAACAAAAUGACACCACUGACAUUGUCGCCGUUGUCGAUGGUCUAGGAAGAAGCUGCCGGAAGCUUCAAAACAUCCACAUUGCUUCGUCUCGACUCUCGCAUGCAGCUGCGCUUGCUCUUUCUGCUUCCAACUUGCGGGCGCUGCGAAUGCUUUCCCUUGUUCUUGGGUCGGAGAUAACUGAUGCCUCGGUUGCAGCUUUUGCUUCGAGUUUUCCGGAGCUUGAAUUGCUCGAUCUUAGCGGAUCGAGCAUUACCGACAGUGGCAUAGGAAUGAUCUGCAAUGUUUACCCCGAAACAUUGUCGAAACUUCUGUUAGCUCUUUGUCCGAACAUCACUUCGAGCGGCAUACAGUUUGCUGCUGCACAGCUCCCAAAUCUCGAACUCAUGGACUGUGGAAUGACUAUAUGCGAUUUGGAUUCUGAAGACUCUAUAAACGAAGAUGAUCGUGAAACCUCUGAGAUACAAAGAACUCCGAAUAAAUUGCACCAUAUGUAUCAGAAAUUAAUCAUCAAGCACGACCGGUUGAAGAAGCUAAGCUUAUGGGGAUGUUCUGGAUUGGACGCAUUGUAUCUGAAUUGUCCUCGUCUUCACGACUUGAACCUCAAUGCAUGCCGGAAUCUUCAUCCUGAGCGAAUGCUGCUUCAGUGUCCAAAUCUAGAGACCAUUCACGCAUCUGGCUGUGAAUAUGCUCUGAUCAAAACUCUAGAGGCUCAGGCUUGCGAGGAUUUUUCAGCUGUAGAAAGCCCGAUUCCUUCGAAACAUCUCCCCGAUGGCUCAAAAAGAGUUCGGGUUCCAUAUUAUUGCAGCCCUCAGCCAUCUGAUGAAAAGGGAUUGACAAGAACUGCAAAACGACAACGCACUACAAUUGUGACAUCCUAGAAUUCAUUCGAUAAUUUAGCUACAUUCUAUGUUUGUUAUUUUUGCUUAAUGUAAUAGGGACUUGUGACAAUAAUAUAAACUU